AUGGGUGGUGUCACCGUUCGCGAUGUGGACGCGCAGAAGUUCAUUGCUGCUUACUCUGCUUUCCUGAAGCGUCAGGGCAAGCUCCCCAUUCCCGGCUGGGUUGACACCGUCAAGACCUCUGCCUCGAACGAGCUUCCUCCCCAGGACGCUGACUGGUUCUACGUUCGUGCCGCCGCCGUCGCCCGCCACGUCUACAUGCGCAAGACCGUCGGUGUUGGCCGCCUCCGCAAGGUUCACGGCUCGACCAAGAACCGCGGCUCCCGCCCCUCCCACCACGUCGACGCCUCCGGCUCGGUCGACCGCAAGGCCCUCCAGGCCCUCGAGAAGAUUGGUGUCCUUGAGACCGAUGAGGACAAGGGUGGCCGCCGCAUCACCCAGAGUGGCCAGCGGGAUCUGGACCGGAUCGCCAAGACCACCGUGGACGAGGAGGAGUCGGACUCCGAGUAA